CAGAUAACAAGAGCUUCACAUUUCUGUGGAAUUCCCAUUUGCCAGUGAGCUGCUGCUGCCGGUCGCCUGAUUGAUAUAUGACUGCAAUGGCACUUUUCCAUUUGACAUUCUCUCUCCCUCUCUCGCUCCCUCUCUCUCACUCAAACAACAGCCCUAACUUUUGUGUGUUGCAAAUAUAAAAGGCAAGCCAUGUGACAGAGGGACAGAAGAACAAAAGCAUUUGGAAGUAACAGGACCUCUCUUUCGCUCUCAGAAGAGUGUGAGGGAAGGAAGGAGCGGCAUAUUUUCCAAAGGCUUUCUGGGGGGCUCAGGACUGUAAUUUAUGUUGUUUUUGUUCCAGCCAUGUAGAAGAUUCUUUGAUGGAUUACAACCUCAACAAAACUCCAACUUAAAAAGAACAAUGACAACCAAGAGACUUAAACCAGGUUUUUCAUCUUCCUUGAAAAGAACUGAGUCCCAGUAUUUAGAGUUUUUUUAAUACUCUACCUCCCUCUGCUGUUACUACUGAGAAGUUCUUCAGCAAUGGGAAAUCAUGUACUAGCAGCUUCGAUUUCCAUGCUCUCCCUUCUUGCAAUAAUGGGAGACACAGACAGUAAAACAGACAGUUUGUUCAUGAUUGACUCAGACCCAGGUCGCUGUAUGAGGCAUCAUUAUGUUGAUUCCAUCAGUCAUCCAUUGUACAAGUGUAACUCAAAGAUGGUGCUGCUGGCUCGCUGCGAGGGACGCUGCAGUCAGACAUCACGCUCUGAGCCGAUGGUCUCCUUCAGCACAGUCCUAAAACAACCAUUCCGUUCUACCUGCCACUGUUGCCGGCCCCAGACCUCCAAGCUGAAAGCAAUGAGGUUGCGCUGCUCAGGUGGCAUGAGGCUCACUGCUACCUACCGCUACAUCCUAUCCUGCCAUUGUGAAGAAUGCAACUCCUAGGGGGACACCAGUUGCAAUGAGGAGAGGGGGGGACACUGCUCCCAGAAAGCAACUCCAGCCACUGAGAACUCACCAGCACACUAUUAAAGUAUUCCUACUACCAGGGCUCAUCACGCUGGGUUGGAUUUGAGAGGUAGAAAAUGAAAGACACUGAGACCCUGGAUUGUGCUGAUUGUGAAAACAAAGACAUCCAUCUGCUGGUCUGUGCUGAAGACAAAACCCUGGAGACAUAAAUCCUUUUUUCCCCCUGAAAGGAUACUUUGGGGGGUAUAUUUUCAGGCUCAGCCUUUCUUCUGCUCUGAAUAAGGACUAAUGGGAGUUUUAUUAUUUUUGCCAGUGAACAAUAAAGAGACAGAGAGAGAACAACAGGGGUCCAUCUGCUGGAGAUACUAUAUUCUACAAGAGUCGACAUUUGGAAGCAGGAUGGCUCCAUUCCUGCAUAUGACUGCUUAUUGUGUCAUUCUAUUCUUGAUCUCUUAGUUAUAUUGCCCUUCAGAAUGAACUCCGUUGAUGGUAAGGGAUAUAUGUUACUUGAUCUGGCAGACAAGUUCUGGACAAUUUUAACUGCGGUUUAGCUGAAAUUACAGAUAAAUAAAUAAAUGAAAAGUGAACUGGAUAGCGAACGAGGCAUGGGAAUUGUCCUGCUCUAAAUGGUUCAAAUGAUUAUUUGUAGUGGAUUGCAUCACAACUUGGUGGCUGAGUGACAUUUAGAAAGAAAAAGGUCAUGCAGUUCAUUCUUUCUCCUCUAAUAUCCCGGGGGUGAUCAUUAUAGCCAGACUGUAGCUGUCACAAAGUGCACUAAUUAAAAACUAGAAACUAAGCCCUGGUUUACAAUUUAAAAAUGGAGCCUCUUAAACAGAAUCUCUUCUUAAACUGGGCUGGCCUCAGGAGGAACAGAUCCCAGAGCUGCCAGAAUAAUAACAAUAUGUAGGAAUACUUUUUAUCCAUAGAUCUCAACGUACUGCAUCCAAAGUGAGUAAGUAUCAUAUCCCUGUUUUAAAGAUAAAGAAUCUGAGGCACAGGGGAGUUAACUGAUCUGCCUGCAACAAGGCCAUGGCAGAGCCUGAAUCCCAGUCGUGUACUAAUUACUGGAUCAUGCUGCUUCUCUGCAAGGGAGGAUCCGACCACCAGUUGCCUUCCCCUCUAGGACCACUGUUGUACAAGGAAAUAGGCCUAGCCCAUGAGUUACAGAGGUUGCCUGGCAUGCAAACAGAGGUGAUGUGGGGGGCGGGGAGGGGGGGGGUCACAUGG